AUGACGAACCUCAUUGUAGCAGCGAUUGAUUUUGGAACAACCUUCUCUGGUUUUGCGUUUUCUCUUCUCCACGAAUACAAGAAAGACCCAUUGAAGAUCUCAACAAAAUCUUGGACCACAGGUAGCGGAGGUUUAGUGUCUUUGAAGACCUCGACAUGCGUUCUUUUUGAUCCAACAGAAAAGUUUAAUUCUUUCGGUUAUGAUGCUGAGGAAAAAUAUUCAAACUUGGCUCUUGAUGACAAUCAUCAUGAUUGGUAUUACUUUAGAAGAUUCAAAAUGAUGUUGUACAAUAAGAUGGAUUUAACAAGAGAAACCCUUAUUGAAGAUGACAAAGGAAAGAAAAUGGAAGCAAUAAAAGUAUUUUCUACUGCGAUUGGUUAUCUUAAAGAUCAAAUGUUGACCAACUGCAAAAAGCAGAUGACUGGCAUAGAAGAGUCUGAUAUAACGUGGGUUUUAACAGUGCCAGCAAUUUGGGACGAGAAGUCGAAACAAUUCAUGAGAGAAGCCGCGGAAGAGGCUGGUAUAUGCAGAGAUAAGUUGGUGCUUGCCCUUGAACCUGCUUCGUUAUACUGCAUGUACCUUCCAUUACAUAAAGACAGUGAAAAUUCUACAUUUGGGGUCUUUAAAUCUGGAGAAAAAUAUAUAGUUGUUGAUGCUGGAGGUGGAACAAUAGACAUCACUGUCUAUGAAGUUAGGGAAAAUGGAUCUGUAAAGGAACUCCACAAAGCCAACGGAGGCGAUUGGGGUGGAACCAAGGUAGAUGAAUUAUUUACAAGUCUCUUGGUUAAUAUUGUCGGCAAAGGUGUUAUGGAGGCUUUCAGUUCUGAAAAUAAGUAUGAUUUUCUUGAUCUAAUGAGGGAUUUCGAAAUAAAGAAGAGGACAAUCAGCCCUGAUUUAAAUGAUAAAGUGACGAUUAAAGUCCCAAUCAGCUUGUCAGAGACUUUUCGCAAAAAGAAUCCUGGAAUCAACAUCACAGACGUUACAUUAAACUCCGAAUACAGAGAACAACUGACUUGGAAAGGCGAUAAGAUUCGAAUAGAGGCACGCCUUGUAAAGUCGCUCUUUGAUGGAAGUUGCAAACAAAUAGUCAAUCAUCUGAAGGAGCUAUUCAGACAUUCUGCAGUGAAAGAUGUUGUAUCUAUUUUACUGGUAGGAGGAUUUGCAGAAUCACUCAUGUUACAAUCGACCAUAAGGGAGGCAUUUAAAAACAAAAAUGUCAUUAUACCACAAGAAGCUGGGUUGGCAGUUCUAAAGGGAGCGGCAUUAUAUGGACACCAACCCCAAAAAAUUUCAGGUAGAGUUUGCAGAUAUACGUACGGAGUUAAGAUAGUUACAACAUUCGAUAACACCAUACACCCUAAAUUAAAAAAAAUCCUACAUAAUAAUAUUGAAUACUGUGACGACAUCUUUAGUAUUCAUGUCCGCGUUGGACAAAUCGUUGAGGUUGGAGAACCCCAAGUGAAACAAACAUAUGAAGUAACAGAACCAGAUCAAACGAGUAUCGGAUUUAAAAUUUACACUUCAAAUAACAAAGAGCCAACAUAUACGACAGAUGAAGGUUGUACAUAUCUGGGCACGCUUACGACUGACAUGCCAGACACAUCCAAAGGAAUGGAUCGUGGAGCCACUGUCCACAUGACCUUCAGUGGAACUGAAAUUGCUGUAACAGCGGUUGAUCGAGAUAACCCAGAGAGAGCUGUAACGACCAAAGUUGACUUCCUUGGAUGAUGCGAGGAACCAAUCUUCAAGUCACGUUCUAUUGGGACCCUACCGGAACAAAAUAAAACUGAGGGGUAUCUGAUGAUUUUAAAAAUAUACUUCUAACUGAUAUAAAACAACUUGGUGUUUACAACUGACGGAUUCAUAUCCCUUUUGUUUUUUGUUUUAGAUCAGUGUCAAAACAAAAGUUAUUGCAUUGCUUGUAACUUUAUUUAAAUUUUUUGACGGAUUCAUAUUCCUUUUGGAUUUUUUUUGUUUUAGAUCAGUGUCAAAACAAAAGUUAUUGCAUUGCUUGUAACUUUAUCUAAAUUCAUUGAUGGUUGGGUUUUUUUUUUGUAUUUUUUAAUACUUUGAUUUUUAAUAUUAUAUGGACUACUGGAGCCCUACAGACCAAGGAGUGUAAAGGAUGAUGAUGAGGAAUUACUGAAAUAUUUUGCUUGUUCUCGUUUUAUGUAUCGUGUGCUUUUUAAUAUUUUGAUAUUUUUACUGUAUAAUAUCGUUAUUCUAUAAUUUUAAGUAUAAUUUAUACUGUGAAAUCAUUAAAUUUCGUGGUGGCUCAAUUUUCGUGGAAUUCGUUGGUACCUCUCACCCACGAAUAAACAUCCUCCACGAAUAAAUAAAUUAGGACCGUAAAAGUCAUAUUUCCUUUUGUAAAUAUCAGAGAAUACACGAAAUUACGUCCCCAUGAACCUGUAAAAUUGAAGCAAUCCACGGAAAUUGGCUCCCACGAAUUUCAAUGAUUCCUACUACCAACGAAAUUUACGUUCCCACGAAUCAGGAAAUUUUUGGUUCCCCACGAACAUUGACCACCACGAAUAAAAAAUGACUAUAUAUGAAUAAGCAGCAUUAUUAAACAUACUACACUUAAACCAGCAACCAUAAUCAGUAACAUUAUUUACGAACAUAACUAUCCAAUACCUUUUUAUAUUAUUAUAUUUAUAGCUUAUUUUAAUAUACCAAUCAUAAUAAUCGAAAAUGUUUCUUGCAAAAUAGUAAGGGUUUUUUCAAUGAAAAUAAUAAUGGUUCAUGAAAGCUAACCAGAGGCUUAAAAUAACGCAAAAUAUUUAUCGUUCUGUACAAACAUUGUAAUGUUAUAUAUAACACAAUACAGCAGUAUUUCUCCUGAUGAAAUGUAUAAAAAAUAUUUUGAUCUUAUUUAUCAUAAAGAUUUAUUAGCAUUUUACAGCAAAAUAAAUGCCAGAAAAUGCAGCU